GGGCUCUUGUGGAAGAGGCCUGAAUUCCUGGCAUUCCCUGUGCCAACACAAGACAGAGCAGGGGGCAGGGGUGAGGGGACAGGCCCCACCUAGGGCGGUGGCCACAGCAAGGGAAAGGGCAGACAGAGCCAGGGGCCUGGGAGGAGGCAGGAUGGCAGCUGGAGCAGCCACGGCUGGAGCCUGGGUGCUGGUCCUCGGUCUGUGGGGGGCAGCAGUCAUGGUAGGCAGCCAGAAUAUCACAGCCCGGAUUGGGGAGCCGCUGCUGCUGAACUGCCGGGGGGCCCCCAAGAAACCACCCCAACAGCUGGAAUGGAAACUGAACACAGGCCGCACAGAAGCGUGGAAGGUCCUCUCUCCCCAGGGAGCUGCCUGGGAUAGUGUGGCGCGUGUCCUCCCCAAUGGCUCCCUCCUCCUCCCGGCGGCUGGGAUCCAGGAUGAGGGGACUUUCCGGUGCCGAGCAAUGAACAGGCACGGGAAGGAGACCAAGUCCAACUACCGGGUCCGAGUCUACCAGAUGCCCAGCAAGCCAGAGAUUGUAGAUGCAGCCUCAGAGCUCACAGCUGGUGUCCCCAGCAAGGUAGGGGAAGAAAGCAGACAGAAAGUGGCUCUGCAAAUGCGGUUAUGUGUGUGGCAUCUUGGGUGUUCAGAGGAUGACGAGAUCACGGCUCUCCCCCAGGUGGGGACAUGCGUGUCUAAGGGAGGUUACCCAGCAGGGACACUCAGCUGGCACUUGGACGGGAAGCCCCUGACACCUGAUGGGAAAGGAGUGGCUGUGAAGGAACAGACCAGGAGACACCCGGAGACAGGGCUCUUCACUCUCCAGUCGGAGCUGACGGUGACCCCAGCCCCAGCCCAGGAAGGGGCUGCCCACCCUACCUUCUCCUGCAGCUUCAGCCCAGGCCUCCCCAGGCGAAAGGCCUUACACUCUGCCCCCAUCCACCCCAGUGUGUGGAAGCCUGGUCCCCUAGAGAAUGUGCAGCUGGUGGUGGAGCCAGAAGGUGGAAUAGUGGCUGCAGGAGGGACAGUGACCCUGACCUGUGAAGCCCCUGCCCAGCCUCCUCCUGAAAUCCACUGGAUGAAGGAUGGAAUGCUCCUGCCCCUUGACCCCCGCCCUGUGCUGCUCCUCCGGGAAGUAGGGCUUCAAGACCAGGGGACCUACAGCUGUGUGGCCACCCACCCCAGCCUCGGGUCCCAGGAAAGUCCUGGGGUCACCAUCAGCAUCUCGGAAGCAGAUGUGGAGGGGCAACCCAGAGGCUCCGUGGGAGGCUCAGGGCUGGGAACUCUCGCCCUGGUGUUGGGGAUCCUGGCAGCCCUGGGGAUAGCUGCCCUGCUCAUUGGGGUCAUCGUGUGGCAGAGGAAGAGACGUAAAGGAAAGGAGAGGAAGGCCCCGGAGAGCCAGGAGGAGGAAGAGGAACGCGCGGAGCUGAAUCAGUCAGAGGAGCCAGAGACGGCUGAGAGCGGCCCAGGAGGGCCGUGAGGGCCCCAGACAGGCCCGACCAUCAGUGCCCUCCCCAUCACCCUUCCGCUGCACUGCACUGACCCCAGACCUCCAGCCCUCCUGUCAUCCCUGCCCCACUCUCUUCCACACCAAGCCCCUGUGAAUGAACCAUGCUGAGUAAACACCUGACACAUCAGGCUGUUCACACUG